AUCAAAACCUGGUUUGAACGACAUUAGGAAUGACGACCAAGAACUCCGACCUUCUUGUCAUAAACACAAAUGAUGCGAUCAAACUGGGGUCUACAUUGUAGCGCGAUCGUAGCCAGGGUGAUCGAAGUCUCAGGAGUGCUCUAAUUCCAAUACUGUCGUUGCACGCAUUACAUCCCAUUUUUUUCAACUCGGGCUCGCUCCCGAGCUGCUGCAAGACCGACGGGUGCUGGCAGUCCCCUCUUGAUGAGGGUUUGAAGAGACGAAUAUUGCGGAUACACGCAUCUGUUUAUCGGAGUGAUAUUCCCUGGGGACGUCGUGGAGAAUGAUGCGAAGGUGCAGAGAGAUCAAUGGUAUCGCGAGUCGGAACGUGGUGCCGCUAAAAUUCGCCGCGGGAGUCCUGCUGGGCCCACCAAUGUCGGCGGCUGCUACCGCCGAUAGCCUCGGAGUGCUUCAACACGUGCAGUCGCGCAUCGCAGUCCACGACGCGCUUUGUCUUCGACACGCUCUGACGACCGACAUUGGUAGAUGUCGACGCAAUGCCUCGCGAUGGAUUACAACUAGCAAUGACCAUACGAGCAGGUUGCGUCGCUGGCCGAGCUCACGUACACGGCCCACCAUUCUGCAUCAUAUCUUCAUGAACACGACGGGAACACCAACAUCAACACCAGCAUCAAUGCCUGCUACAGCAGUUACUAUAUACACCGGUCGCAGACAACUGGUUCCAUACCCAUUUACCAUCGUUUUACCACGAUGAAAUUAUCGCACAGGCAUCGGUACAGGGUUGACGCAACUCUGCCAUGUCGAGUUGUUGAAAGCCGUCGCAUACGGGUCCCAACUAGGAUCUAUAUGC